CGUUCGCAUCGAAUUCGUGAAAUCUUGCUCAAUCUUGGAUAUACUUAAUUCGAACCUACAAUUGUUUUAUAAAAUUGAAAUUGGAAAAUAAAAUACUAAAAGGAUUUAUACAGUGCAGUGCAAAAUUUAUUAAAAAAACUUAGAAAAAAAACAGUGAUUUUGAAAGGACUGUCAAUAUAACAAACUUAUUCGUGAACAUGACAACUAAUUUAAACGUAGCAAGUGAAACCCUUUCAACUAAUAAACAUAAAAAGUUUUCACGAAUUUUUCCUGAAAGCGAUGGCGAUCAAGUUGUUAUUUCUGGGAUGUCGGGUAAAUUCCCAAACUCGCGGAAUAUUGCGGAAUAUGAACAUCAUUUGUUCAACAAGAUUGAUAUGGUUGAUGAUGAUGAACGGCGUUGGAGACAUUUCAAUCCUGAAAUCCCAAAACGGGCAGGAAAAUUGUACGAUCUUGAAAAAUUUGAUGCCACAUUCUUUGGGGUUCAUUUCAAGCAAGCCCACACAAUGGAUCCACAAUGUCGUAUUCUAAUGGAAGUCGCCUACGAGGCAGUCAUUGAUGCUGGUAUUAAUCCCAAGGAGCUCAGGGGAUCUCGUACUGGAGUCUAUGUUGGAGCUUGCAUUUCUGAAUCAGAGAAGACAUGGUUCUAUGAGAAAGUCUCAUCGGGCGGUUUUGGUAUUACAGGUUGUAGUCGAGCUAUGCUUGCAAAUCGUAUAUCGUAUGCAUUGGGCUUAAACGGGCCAUCGUAUCUUUUGGAUACAGCUUGUUCAAGUUCGAUGUAUGCCCUGGAUAAUGCCUUUACAGCUCUGAGAAAUGGUGAAAUAGAUGCCGCCAUUAUUGGUGGUGCUAAUUUGUUGUUGCAUCCAUUUGUGACACUUCAAUUCGCAAGAUUAGGAGUAUUGGCAUCUCAUGGCUUUUGUCGUCCAUUCGAUAAAGACGCAGCUGGCUAUACACGAGCAGAAGCAGUAAAUUGCAUGUUCCUUCAACGCAAACGUGAUGCGAAAAGAAUCUACGCAGAAGUCAUAUAUUCCAAGACAAACUGCGAUGGUUACAAGCCAGAAGGUAUCACGUAUCCCUCUGGAAAUACACAGGAGAAACUCCUUCGGGAGUUCUAUGCCGAUGUUGAUGUAAAGCCAAGUGAUUUGGGUUAUUUAGAAGCUCACAGUACAGGCACCAUAGUUGGAGAUCCAGAAGAAUGUCGAGCCAUUGACAACGUUCUCUGCAGUCAGCGCAAUGAAUCACUGCUCGUUGGCUCGGUAAAAUCAAACGUCGGUCACUCUGAAGCAGCUUCGGGUAUUUGUUCUCUAGUCAAGGCAGUCUUAGCUUUUGAAAAUGGUAAGAUUCCUCCGAACAUAAAUUUCAAUGCUAUCAAAGAAGAGAUCCCAGCUUUAGCCGAGGGAAGAUUGACUGUUGUCAAGGAUGUUGAACCAUUGUCUAAACCUUAUAUUGGAGUGAAUUCCUUCGGGUUUGGUGGUGCAAAUGCGCAUGCAUUACUAAAGGCGUGCGAUAAGGAAAAGGUUAACAAUGGUUUACCAUUGGAUGGCAUUCCAAGGGUUGUAGGAUGGGCGGGAAGAACUGAAAAGGCCGUUACAACUAUUUUGGAUUCUAUCGAAAAACGUCCUUUGGAUGCUGAGUACAUAGGGUUAUUGCAUAAUAUUCAAAAGGAUGAUGUGACCGGCCUAGUUUUCCGAGGCUAUGGAAUAUUCUCCAAUAAUGGUGCUGAGAAUGCCACUUGUAUUGUAAAGGAUGUCCAGCAUUACACUGGUAUCAAGCGUCCCUUGAUAUGGGUUUUCAGUGGAAUGGGAUCCCAGUGGACCCAGAUGGGGGCAUCUCUAAUGGACAUUCCUAUCUUUCGGAAUUCAAUACAGCUCUGUCACAAUACGCUUAAGUCCAAAAAUCUAGAUCUAAUUGACAUUUUGACAUCUACUGAUGUACACACAUACGAUAAUAUUCUGCACUCUUUUGUUGGCAUAGCUGCCAUCCAAAUUGGCUUGGUAGACGUUUUGAGAGCUCUUAAUCUUGAACCAGACUACAUUAUAGGACAUUCUGUUGGCGAACUUGGGUGUGGCUAUGCCGAUGGUGGUUUCACUCCAGAGCAAAUGAUCUUAGCUGCCUACUAUCGUGGAAAAGUAAGUUGUGAAAUUGAGAAAAUUCGUGGUUCAAUGGCUGCGAUUGGAAUGGGAUAUAAGAAAAUAGUUGGAUUGUUGCCUCAAAGUAUUGAAGUUGCCUGCCAUAAUGGAGAAGACUCGAGCACGAUUUCAGGACCAGCAGAUGAUGUAACUCGUUUUGUCGAUGACCUAAAGUCUCAAGGAAUAUUUGCCAAGGAAGUACCGUGCUCAAAUAUUGCAUAUCACUCCCGGUACAUUGCCCACAUGGGACCACAACUUCUGAAAUACCUAAAAGCAACCAUUCCGAAACCGAAGAAGAGAUCUUCAAAAUGGCUUAGCUCGAGUGUGCCAAAAGACGAAUGGGAACAAACCGGGCGUGAUCUUUGCUCUGCCGAAUACCAUACUAACAAUCUACUGAGUAGUGUUCUUUUUGAAGAGACUUUUGCCAUGCUUCCCAAGAAUGCUCUGACUAUUGAAAUUGCUCCACACGGUCUAUUGCAAGCUAUUCUCAAGCGAUCAAUGCCCGGUGGUGUUCAUAUUCCGCUAACUCAAAGGGGCAGCAAAAAUAAUGCUUUGUUCUUCUUAGGAGCCCUUGGAAAACUUUUUAACAACGGUGUUACGCUUCCAUUUGAAAACCUGUAUCCUGCUGUUCAGUUCCCGGUGUCCCGUGGAACACCUGGAAUUGCAGCUCUUAUCAAAUGGGAUCAUAACGAAGACUGGUUCGUUACUAAAUACGAGAAUAUGAAGACCAAAGCAAGUGGCGAGCGAGUUUUUAAUGUCAAUUUGCAAAGUGAUGAUGAGGAAUAUUUGAGUGGUCACGUAAUUGAUGGAAAGAUCCUAGUCCCAGCAACUGGGUACUUGCAGUUUGUGUGGGAAACCUUCUCACUGAUGUACCAUGGACCUAGUUAUAUGGAUGUUUCAGUUGAGUUUGAAGAUGUCCGAUUCCUACGAGCUACUCCAAUAAACGUUGGUGGAACGGUUGAGCUAAAGGUUAUGAUCCACUAUGGAACAGGCAAUUUUGAGAUUACCGAAUCAAAUAGUUUGGUUGUCACUGGAAGCAUUCGAGAGAUUCCUGGAGACUCUCCACCACCUUUCCAAAUACCCUUUGAGGAAGAACCAAAUAACCCAAUGUUGGCUCAGAAAGAUUUCUACAAGGAACUUAAACUGCGAGGUUACCAUUAUAAUGGCACAUUUAGAGCUGUUCGCAGUGCCCGCAGUGAUGGCAAGUAUGGCCAAAUAGAAUGGAAAUACAAUUGGGUGACAUUUAUGGAUGCAAUGUUGCAAAUUCAUAUCGUUGGCACUGAUUCACGAACUCUAUUUCUACCAACUAAGAUUCGUAAGCUUCGCAUUAAUGGACGUCAUCAUUUUAACAUGAUGUCCCAAAUGAACCCCGACGAUCGUGUUUUUGAUGUUUAUGCGAGCCAAAAGUUCGACCGAGUUGUUGCGGGAGGAGUUGAACUAAUUGGUCUGCAUGCAAGUCCAAUUCAAAGGAAACGUCCACCAGGUAUUCCAGUCUUGGAAAGAUACCAAUUUUUGCCACACUUCCCGGCACCCAUAUUGAAUUUGAAUGAUGCGGCUAGAACAUGCAUUCAAUUGGCGCUUGAAAAUAUACCAUCGAGCAAAAUAAAAAUUGUAGAAGUAGACACUGAGGAGGAUAUACCAGUUAUUGGGCAUUUUCUGGACGCAGUCGAAGAUUUGCCUGUAGUAACAGGAGAUUAUAUGUUUUUGACUCAUCAGAACUUAGAACUUCUCGGAGUACAUGUAGAAAAUGGAAAACUUUCAACGCAAUCGAAUUGCUACUUAAUCAUUGUGAAAAACUUAUUCUGCCAGGAAUCAAUACUUUCUAUGGCUUUGAAGUGCCUUUCAGAUGGAGGAUUUCUGAUUGCUCGACAAACUCAAGGGCGAUCGUAUGAUUCGAAUAUGUUAAUCCCAUCUGAUCUGAAACUUCUGUUGGUUAUCCCGACAGAUGAUAAUGAAGUGCUUCUACUUUUGCAAAAACAUAAAAAGCAAUCCCUUAGUGAACCAAGUGCUAUCAAGAUAUCAGCUAGCGAUUUGCAGUUUAAAUGGAUAGCACAAGUUCAAGAAGUCAUGCAAAACGGUCCAGUGAUACUUUAUGCAGAAAAUGAGAAGUUCAAUGGGCUGCUCGGCUUUGCGAAUUGCUUGAGAAAGGAACCCGAUGGACAUUUGGUUAGAUGCGUGCUGGUUGAUGAUGUAAAUGCACCGCCCUUUGACUUGGAAAGUUCAUUCUAUAAGGACCAGCUCGCGCUUGGACUGGGUAUCAACGUCUAUCGAAAUGGUCAAUGGGGAUCGUAUCGCCAUUUGCAGCUAAAUACCGAAAAUCAAGUUCUACCUCGUGCCGAUCACAUUUACGGGAAUGUGAUUCAACGUGGAGAUUUGUCAUCACUGCGUUGGUUCCAAGGACCAUUCGCUCCCAAGGAUUGUGAGAUUAAAAUCAUGUAUUCAUCUAUCAACUUCCGUGAUGUGAUGUUAGCCACUGGACGAUUGGCGGCCGAACUCAAUGGUAACAGCCGAAUGGAUCUGAGUCUUGUAUUAGGUUUCGAAUAUUCGGGUGUAAAUACCAGAACAGGAAAGCGUAUCAUGAGUAUGGUGGAGAGGGGUGGGGUAGCGUCAUAUGUUCAGAAACCAUCGCGUUUGAUUUGGAAUGUUCCCGAUGAGUGGUCACUUCAGGAGGCUGCUACAGUCCCAGUUGUGUAUAUAACGGUGUACUAUGCGUUUUUCAUGCAUGUAGAUAUUCGCAAGGGCAAAAGUAUUCUCAUCCAUGCUGGUACUGGUGGAAUUGGUUUGGCAGCGAUAAGAGUUGCCCUAGCCUAUGGAUUAGAGGUUUUCACAACUGUGAGCACACAGCAGAAAAGGGAUUUCCUACUAAAGACAUUCCCACAAUUGGAAGAUUCACAUAUUGGUUAUUCACGUGACACAUCCUUUGAGAUCAUGAUUCAGCAACAGACCCAAGGUAAAGGCGUUGAUUUUGUCCUAAAUUCUUUAUCGGAAGAGAAGCUCCUUGCCUCAGUUCGUUGCCUUGGAAGAGGUGGACACUUUUUGGAAAUCGGCAAAUUUGACAUGGCCAACGACAGUAAACUGGGUAUGGGAUGCUUCCUAAAGGAACUUGCAUUCCAUGCUGUUCUUGCCGAUACACUUUUGCAUGCUCCUGAUUCAGUUAUAAAUAAACUUAAAUCGAUGAUUGAUGAUGAUAUUGCAGGAGGUAUCAUUCAACCAUUGCCUUCUACCUGCUUCCCAGCCAAUGAAAUCGAACAAGCGUUCAGACAUCUAAUUGGCGGAAAACAUAUCGGCAAGGUAUUGGUUCAAGUGCGAAAUGAUACCGAAUCUCCGUACACAAUUGCAGUGCCGGUUCUAAAACAAGUAUACUUUAAUCCUGACCUUGUUUAUGUUAUCCCUGGAGGACUAGGCGGAUUUGGUCUUGAGUUGGCCGAUUGGAUUGUGAUUAGAGGAGCUAAGAAGCUGGUGUUGAGUUCAAGUCGUGGAAUCUCGAAAGAUUAUCAGAGUUACAGAAUUGCACUCUGGAAAACAUAUGGCUGUGAAGUGUUGGUGAGCACAGCGGACAUAACAACUCGAGUUGGAUGCGAAACGCUUUUAAAAGAAUCGCUGACAAAAGGACCAAUCGGUGGUAUUUUUAAUCUGGCAGUUGUCCUCCGAGAUGGAUUGUUUACAAAUCAAUCGGCUGAAAAAUUCUUGGAAUCAUUUGCUCCUAAAGCUUUUGCGACACAAUACCUUGACGAGCUAUCUCGGAAGAUGUGUCCAGACUUGGAACAUUUUAUUGUCUUCUCAAGUGUAUCGUGUGGACGUGGUAACGCCGGCCAAACUAACUACGGAAUGGCCAAUUCAAUUAUGGAGCGCAUCGUCGAAGAUCGUAUUGCCAAUGGAUUCUCUGGCAAAGCUGUGCAAUGGGGUGCGGUGGGUGAAGUAGGCCUAGUGGCUGAUAUGGCGGAAGAUAAGAUUGAUAUGGAAAUCGGAGGAACAUUACAGCAAAGGAUCUCUUCAUGUCUGCAGGAGUUGGACAACUUGAUUGCAACAUCAGACACAAUUGUAGCCAGUAUGGUCGUUGCAGAGAAACGUGUGGGACGUGGUGGAAAUGAGAGUAUUACAGAGUCUGUAAUGAAUAUUAUGGGCAUUAGAGAUCUCAAGUCUGUUUCACUUGGCAUGACUCUCUCCGAAAUGGGUAUGGAUUCUUUGAUGGCGGUCGAAAUCAAACAAACCCUGGAACGUGACUUUGAACUUUGCCUUUCACCGCAAGAUUUGCGAUCUUUGACGUUCCAAAAACUGCAGGAAUACGAAGAUGCUAAGGAAGGAGAACAAAGUGAUGCUGUUAAGCUAGUUCUUGCCUCUGAUAAUACACCCUUGGGUAUGGAUUUGCUUUUGCGUAAUCUGGGAGAUGAAGCAAAUUGCAACAAAGUUUUGUGUCCCUUGUUGACUUCUGCCGAUGCUUCGAAGCUUAACUUAAACCCAAGUAUAAUAAUUCCUGGUCUAGAAGGUACUACUGGUGAGGCUUGGUACGCUAUAGGCAAACGAUUGUACUCAAAAUCAACAGUCUUGCAAUUGCAUCAAACUGCUGAUCUUAAGACAAUCAAGGAAGUUUCACAGUCAGUUUUUGAGCAAGUGAAAUCUGUUUUAAAGUCAUCGGAAAAGUUCUACAUCAUCGGUUACUCAUUUGGCACAUUUAUAGCCUUGAACCUGGCAAGUAUGUUGGAAAAAGCUGGUUACCGAGGACAAGUACUUUUGAUCGAUGGUGCACCACACUUUUUGAAGAAAUUAACAAUCGGUCAUUUGGGUGAAAACUACAAGGAUGAAGACCUCUAUAAUUUACUGCUAUCUGGUAUCGUGAAUCAAAUCUUCCCCGACGAAACAACUGAAUCAGCGGCCAAAAUAUUCUUACCACUCAAGACUCUUGAAGAGAAAAUGGCAAAAUUCAUGGAAUUUGUUCAAAAACAAAAUCUCUACAGCAAGGAGUAUGCCAAAGUUAUGGUUAAAGCUAUGUUUAAUCGAGUUAAAAUGGCAGCUGAAAUUGAUCUCGGGACAUUAGAUGUGCUGAAGUCUGCAAUAACUUUGGUGCGGCCAUCCGAAGUAGCAAUGACGGAUGUUGAUGAAGAUUACUCAUUGUCAAAACUAACAAAGAGUACGGUAACAGUGAAAUUCGUUGAAGGUAGUCACACAACAAUGUUGGACAAUCCGAAGUUGGCCAAAAUCAUUAAUGACUUUGAUCCGGCGCUGCAAGAAGAUAAGACUUUUGAGUUGUACUUAAAAGACGUGAAACCGGUGUCGGUGUUGUAAUAAUGUUUAUUCUUAUUUCUUUGUAAUUAUAUAAUAUUCUUAUACAUAACCUACUAUAUUAUAAAUAUGUUUAUUAGUUUUAAGUUGUAUACUGGUUCAUAUAUAAAUAUUAUAUUCAAAUACAUUACAUUUAAAUAAAUCACAUCGAAAAUAAACAAA